AUGCCUCUUCCCCCUCAAGCUGCCGAUAACAAGAUGCUCAAAUGUCCCAAGCGCAGCAACGCGACAAGUCUGACGGAUGUUAGGUGUGCGCCGCUCUUCGUCGGAGGUGGAAAAACCGAAACCGACUGUUUUGAAAACACUUCUGAUCAGGCACCGACCUCGCCGCCGCACGAAUGUUUACUUCACCACCGUGAGACAAAGGAAGCCAACCUGCAGCGGGUGACGAAAGGCGACGCGAAGGCCGGCAUCCAUCGCAUGGAGAUCGACCGGAUCCGCUUCGUGCUCAGCAGCUACCUGCGCUCCCGUCUGCAGAAGAUCGAGAAGUUCUUCCCGCACGUCCUGGAGAGAGAAAAGUCUCGAGGUGAGGGCGAUCCGUCGCUGCUGUCGCCCGAGGAGUUCGCCUUUGCCAAAGAGUACUACGCCAUGACGGAGACGUACCUGAAGGCUGUGGCGCUGAAGCGCAUGCCCCCCAACCUGCAGACAGUGGACAUGCUCAAAGCAGUGCCCGAGCCCUGCUUGGACUCCUUUGUGUUCCUGCGGGUGAAGGAGAGGCAGGAGAACAUCUUGGUGGAGCCUGAGACAGAUGAUCAGAGGGAGUAUGUCGUGGAUCUGGAAGAAGGCUCUCAGCAUCUGAUGCGGUAUCGAACUAUAGCUCCACUUGUUUCAAGUGGAGCCGUGCAAUUAAUAUGAACGCAAGAGAUCAGGUCAGAGGAAGAUCAACCUGCAGAGAUCACGUCUGGAAACUCACCUGAUUUCUGACUGCUGUCAGGAUCGAGGACUAACUUGUGGCACACACACACACACACACACACACACACCUGCCACUUCAUUCCUGGCAUUGUGAUAAGUGCAGAGUGAAGAACGAACCCUGCUCACCGAAGCUGCUGCAGCAGCAG